AUGGAUUUCCCACAUUACCAACUCCAAGCAGGAUUGGCGGCGACCAUGUUCUCACCAGACGUAGUGCCGGCUCUUUGGGGCCAGUCUGAAGAUUCAAAACAAGAAGAAGUCGAGGUCUCAGAAGACCUCGGGCAACUUCAAGCACUGUCUCCCGAACAGUUUACUGCUUUCGCAGAGGAAUUCGUCACUUCCACUGAGGACGAGAUCGACACACUUCAUAAUGAUCACUCAGUGACCGAAGAGACGAGUGAGAGAAAUGACACUCUCCCAACCCGCGGCUGUGUCCGUAAGCACCAAAGAUUCGAAUCCCUCCACGUCAACUUCUCACACGACGAGGUCCGCCGCAUCGCCCAAGAGAUCUACGACGAGACUGUCGCCGAAGUCAACCUCUCUCUCUUCAGCUACUGGGUCAACGAAAGUAGCAAGAACUACGAAGAAGCCAGCCUGCACAUCCGCGAGCUUCGCCUCGACCGUGGCUACAACCUCGCACGUAUUGCCAACCCACACCUCCGCGCAUUGAUGCAAGAAGUAUUCACCCAACGCCCUGUUGAAGCCCGCAUCGCGCUGCAGGAACGAGCCUCACGCAGCAAUUUGAGCGUCACUACUAUCUCGAUGCGCAGUGGUAGUAAAGGCGAUUUCUCCGUCUUUCCACGCAUCGAUGCGCUUCCGCCAAUCCUGCGUGUCGAACGGCAGCGCGCCAUGACUCAGGCUGCUCAGCGCUCGACGUCGCUGGCGUCGAUGGCGCCAGAGCUGAGGGUUUACCCACCAGACACACCCGAUCGUCCGUUGCCGCUUACGCUGCGCUCACCAACUACUACUAGCUCAACGCUGAGUACGCAGCCGACGCUGCCACUUGGGUUUCCAUCUCCCGGGACGCCUGUUAGAAUCAGCGACGGUGUGUACUCGGGUUUGACCUCGUACGCUGGGUCGCUUUGUAACGAUGAUGGCGACAAUGACGGUGUUGAAGAAGAAGAAGAAGAAGAAGAAGAAGAAGAGGUGGAUCAAGAGGCUCUCUGGCACGAACGCGUCGCCGAUGUUGUUGAGAGCGUCAUGGUGUUAGAAAAGCCGGACCAAAUCAACAAAGUGAUUGAAGAGUUGGAGGGGCUCAAGGCCAUGUAUCUCUAG